AUGGGUUGGAUGGUUGAUCCGGAAGGAGGGGACGUUUUGGUGGCCAGCUGGUCCACAUUCCAACAAGUUCGGGGGGCUAGCGCGUGGAAGCGCGCAGAUAUUCGGAGUCCCGACGGAAUGCUUGAGCCACGCGACGGAACGAUCAAACUACAAAGCGUUCCUUGGAUUCCGGGUCGGGAAAACGGCGUUAGCCCGGUAAGGUCUGAAUGUAUAAGGAUUGCCUCCAGCUUUGAGUUCAUGUUACAUUCAUUAGUUGCAGAAGGCCCCUGA